GAACGUACCCCUGAGUUUGAAUUCGGCGAAAGAAGAUUCAGGAAAGUUUGGCGAGCAAUUUAAAAUUACAGAAUGGCAGACAGUGAGUCUAUAAAGAAAAUGCUGAGGUCUGUUCUUCAGUCCAGCAAGGCAGGUGUGUCUAUUAACAGCCUUCAGUCAGAGUACCGGUCACUGUGCGGAGAGUUCAUCCCGUUAAAGAAGCUGGGCUACUCAAAACUGGAGGAGUACCUCAGAAAUAUCCCCUCUGUGGUGCGGUUGGAGUACCGGAUGGGUGAGUUGAAAUGCUUUGCUGCAGUGUGCCAAGAGACGGCCCACAUUGCUGAACUGGUGGCCAGGCAGAAGAGCUCCAAGAAAUCUGGUCACUCACAAGUCAUCAACUGCAAGAUGAGAUUCAAACCUUUCAACCCCUACAUGCUCAAUGUGAAGCCAAGGUCUUCUCUCCGUCAGCCCUCGGCUGCUGGUUCCUCUAACCGGCAGACAAACCGUUCUCAGCCCCACGGUGGCUACAGAGGGUUCAGUGCAUCAGGGGACUACAGGCAGUUGGACCAAAGGUUCAGCUCCAUUACACCAGUCGAACACCGACAACCGGCUUCUCAACCAGUUGUGAAACAAUGUCCCAUGCCUGACAGGAAGGAGAAGAGCUUGGCAAACUUCCAGAAGCCUAGAGUAUCUUUCACAGAGAAGCCUCCUGUACAAGCCUCCAGACCCAACCAAUCGAAGUCUAGUCUGUAUGAUGUGGUGCUGGUGCAGAGCAGGAUAACUCGACUUCUGGAGAAGUAUUGCAGUGGACUUUGGAUGUCGAAAAUUUCAAAUGUCUACAGUGAAAUGUUCGGUCAGAAGCUCCACCCUCAGGUGCUCAUAGACCUCGAAAAAUGGACACACAUUUGUAUGGUGGAGCAACCCUCCUGCACCAACCGAGUUGACCGGCUGGUCUACCCUCCUCUGCCUCCCAAGCUUUCUGUUGUCCCUAGUAGUAGCGUCAAUGACUCCCCUCCAACAUCACCCACCAAUUCAAGUGCUAACACUACACAAGUUUCUUCAUGUCCCUCAACACCUGAAGAACUCUUCCCUCUCCUCUCUUCCCCUGUUCCUAAACCUAGGCUUUCUCCCAAAAGCCCCUUGGCUCAGCCAACUUUCAUUUUUCCUCCACAACCUGUUGCUGCCUCUUCAGGCAAGCUGUUGUCCUCAGUCACGUCGCACAGCCCUGUCCACAACCCAGUUCUUGCUCCACAACUACCCCCACUCGCCAGUUUUGGAGUCAAUGCUGUUGGCAGAUGUAAAAAUAAUCACAACUUGACUACAACUACCCACUACCAAAGCACUCGGCCCCCAGCCCCUACAUGGACUUCAUCAGCCAGUGCUUCUGCUGCAGCUUCCCCCAUCCAACCUGGUCCUGACAUUUUACCCCUUUUGGAGGUCACCUUUUCCCCGACCUCUGAUUCUCCCCCAAAAUCUUCUGCUGUCACUUUGUCAGCUGAGGUGCGUCAGAGAAUAAAGGAGCUUCUGUCCAAGUACAGUCUCGGUUUGUGGGCCCACGCUUUACCUGAACUGUUUAUGGACACAUACAAGACGCCAUUUCCAGAGCAUGUUCUGGACAACUUGUCUCUUUUGCUGGAUAUGUGCACCGUGGAGUACCCCAUGCCAGGUAACAAGAACAAGGCCAUCCUGUAUAACGCCAGCAAAACACACAUGGAAGCCACAGACAACCAAGAAAGCCAGCAGUUCAGAAGUCAACCCCUACCCUCUGGUCUAAAGGUCCUGGGACCUGUGAUUCCUCCCUGUCUGGUUCUUCCCUCAGAGCAGUAUCCUUCUGUGCUGAUUACUGAUGCUAAGAGCAGCAAUGCUGUUACUGUAAGGUAUGUCGGUGAGAACUACUCCAAUGCCCAGGAGGCCAUGGAGGAUGCACUGCGCUCUUUCUACAUCAAAGACUCCCCCCACCAACAUCUGUCUAAACCUGUUGUUGGUCAGCUGGUGGCAGUCAGAGGAGAGGAUGGAGAUGAGCUGGCCAGGGCUCAGGUCACAGAGGUUAUGGCCCCUAACAAAGUUAAGGUAUACUAUGUUGACUAUGGCUUUUCUGUGGAGACAAGUCUGAGUAAUCUGCUGGAGCUGCACCAGGAUUUCCUCCGUCUGCCCUUCCAGGCUACUAAUGUUCGACUCGCAGGUUUAGAGACUUUCAGCUCCCAUCCGCUGGUCCUGUCCUCCCUGGACAAGUUGGCAGUCGCAAAGAUACUGCUGAUGGAGACAUUAGAGCCAUGUCAACAGACGGACAUGCCUGUAGCAGUGCUGUAUGACACUUCGCAGGAUGAUGACGUCAACAUUAACUCCACCUGCCUCAAGACUCUGCAGGACAAGACUAUGAACAACCCUUUGACUGUAAAUGUUACCUAUCGGGAUGUGUGUGUCACAAAUGUGUGUGCAGAUGGCAUCAUCCACUGCCAGCUGCCCUCCAGAGGGACAGCAAGACUCAGCAGUUUACUGGAAAAAACAGAGGCCUUCUUCAUCUCCCAGAUGACAUCUGAAUCCCUGGUAUCCAGACCCUUCAGUGGCAAGUUUUGCCUAGCCCGCUACAAAGGAAAGUGGUCCAGAGUGGAGAUCACCAACAUGUACAGCAACAGAGUGAUGGAGAUCCUCUACAUUGACGUGGGUAUCCCAGCGACUGUAGAGGUGACUGAUCUCCGAGAGAUCCCGCCUCUUUUGCUCAAAGACUUCACCAUCAUCCCGCCACAGGCUAUCAAAUGCCAUCUGGCUGACCUCAAAUUUCCAGAGGGAGACUGGAGUCCAGAGGCUGUUCUGUGGGUGAAGGAGGCCGUCCUUGGCUCUCAAGACUGUAAAAUGAAGAUCGUGAAAUUAGACAAGCACAAAGGGGACUGGCUGAUCUAUAUGUACCUCUUCAUUGGCGCUGUCAGUCAGGAACUGGACAAGAGCAUCAACUAUCAGCUGGCUCACUCAGAGUUGUGGCAGAAACUCACAACACAGAACAACACAAUCAAAAGCAGUAACAGCGGCGAGCAUACAGGUCUCAGUGCUCUAGUGGAGAAGUUGACUCUGAGCAGCUUAGUCCAGAACCCCGUUGUUAAGGCCUCAACCCAGCCUUGUCGCAGAGCAGAGGACCCGUCUCUCAUGGACACAGCCACCAAAACUGGGAAGCAGCCCCUUCAAAUGCCUCCCUCACUGGCGCUCCCCCAGCCUGGUCAGAAUAUUGAUGUGUUUGUGCCGGUGGCCUGCCACCCAGGUUACUUUGUGCUGCAGCCAUGGCAGGACCUGCAUAAGCUGGUGGUGUUGAUGGGGGAGAUGGUCCUCUAUUAUAACCGGACGUGGAAGACCAACACGACCACAGACAUCCAGAAAGGAGAUGUCUGUGCUGCCAAAAUAGACAAAAAUUGGCACCGUGUUCAGGUGAAAGGGAUUCUGGCCAAUGGGUUGGUGUCUGUCUAUGAGCUAGACCACGGCAAACAUGAGCUGGUCCGUAGUUAUUCCAUCAAGCCCCUGAUAGAGGAAUUCAGACAGCUGCCCUUCCAGGCUAUCACUGCACAACUGGCAGGUGUGACACACCACCAGUGGUCAGAGGAGGCCUCCAUGUUGUUCAGAAACCACGUGGAGAAGCGAGCGCUGGUAGCUCACGUGGAGAGUGUGCAGGAGGUGUCAGACGUCAAAGGUGAGCUGUGGGACCACCGGUUGACAGUUUACCUGGUGGACACCACAUUGGAGGACAGGGACCUUUGGAUUCACAGCAUCAUGGCUGACAUCGGCGGUAACCUGUCUUCAGCAGCCUAGGAUGUCUCCUCAAGCACGGUGGGAAAUUAAUCAGUACGCAAAGCAAACUCUGACUGUAAAUGUGUAAAUGUAUUUUCAAACCAGCUAGUGUUUUGAUGGUUCUUUUCAUUUCUAAAAACUGUGAAAGUGCUCGGUGAACUUUAGAAGCCAAGCAUUUUCACCAUUUUCACUAUUCUGGAUCUUUCUCCCAAUCAAAGACUCUAAAGAAGCCCUCUGAACUCUAGGGUCAUAGCCAAGGGUCUGAAAUUAAGACCGAGGGUAUUGUUUUGUUGAUCCAUUCAUUUUCCUGAAUUUAAGGACUGAAAAACUGUUGCAUUUUCUCAGAGGAGGACAGUAUUGAAUGCAGUUGAAUUCAACAUUUGCGGAAGAAGAUGGACUGCACAUCAUUAGAUGUUACUGUUUGCCAGUCUUAUAAAUAAUCAUUUUGAAACAAACUCAACUAACUUUGAUUCAUCAAUACUUUUUGUUCCUUCAAGUUAAGUCACCUGUGUGUUGCACAUUUUUUGUAAUUUUGUAGUUUGACUCUAUCCAUCUAAUUCGUUUUUGUUUGCUGUGUCUUAUGCAUGCAAUGGUGUGUCUCAUUUUGUACUUACUUUUGUGUAAAUAAUAUACAUGUUUUUACAUUAAUCCAACUUUAAUAACUUCAUUACAUCUGUGUAGUUGUUAUAACUUCACUGAUUGAAACACCUUGGUUUAUAUUAUCUUGUGUUACUUGACUAAAAGAAUAAGUUGUAAUAUUUCUAGUGUUGUUUCAACAUAAGAAGCUGUUCACACAGAUUAAUUCUAUUAAAACUUGAAGCCAAAUGAG